CUUCGACAUCCCAUCUCAUCGCCUCUCAAUCUCCCUAUACUUGCACUUUCAAUUCACACCCUAGCAUUCGGACCGAGAUGACGCCCGACGACUAUAAACCCGCCGAGAGUAUCGGCGAUCUCUCGUCUCAAGUCUGGCUCGUGACAGGCGGAACCGCUGGUCUCGGUAAACAGACGAUUCUCUCCCUGGCCCCACUCGACAACCCUCCUGCCAGGAUCUACUUUACCGGUCGAGAGUCUUCUCGCGGUCGAGCUACCGACCUGAUUGACGAAUACAAGUCGUUAUUGUUAGCUAGCAACAAGGAAAAGAGCGACUUGCUGUUCCUUCCUACCGACUUAACCUCAUUCGAGUCGAUCAAAUCCGCCGUACAGUCGUUCGUCGACCAGGAACGCGAACGGACGAGAGGCAAGGUCUCGUUGCACGUCGUCCUCAACAAUGCCGGGAUCAUGGCCGUCCCGCCUGGUCUGACCAAGGACGGAUACGAGAUCCAGUUCGGGACCAACCAUAUGGGCCACGCUCUCCUCGUCCAGCUCGUCCAGCCUUACCUCUCGGCGACCCCCUCGAGCAGGAUCAUCAACGUCUCCAGUCUCGGCGCCGGGAUCGCCUUUCGAAAGGGGAUCCUGUUCGACCAGGUCAAGACGACCCAGGAAGGCUGGCUCGGGGCCGGAUGGUGGAGGUACGGACAGAGCAAGCUCGCCAACAUUCUCUUUUCUCAACAACUCGCCUUGCAUCAUCCCGAGAUCACGAGCGUCUCCAUCCACCCGGGCGUGAUCCAGACCGAUCUCGUCAACGGUCUACCUCUAGGGCACCGACUGUUCAUCGGGCUCACCUCGAGCAUGAUGAUGAUCACCCUGGAGAACGGGGCCAAGAACCAUCUAUGGGCGUCGACGGUGCCGACCGCCGAGCUGAAGAAUGGAGGGUUCUAUGAACCCGUCGGGGAGGUCGGAAGGGAAUUUGCGAAUGCCAAGGAUGAAAAGUUGGCUGCUCAGCUGUGGGAAUUCACCCAGAAAGAGUUGGAAGGGUGGAAGCUCGACAGGCCUUAGGCGGCGAGCUUAGCUGGGACGUUUCUGAUUACAAACUCGAUUGAUCUGGGUCGUUGUUAUAUGGUGUACUGGGGCCGUGGACUGUACUUUCUUCUUGUAAGAACAUCUAUAUACCGACGAUACCUACUGAUCACUCGGGCCAGGCCGGGUUAUCAUCGGCGGGACGCUCAUCAGGCUCUACCUUGGGGUGAAUGGGAUCGUCAGAUCAAGCGAGUUUGAUAUCAUUUACCAUUUUGGCC